AUGUCUGCUGCUGUGUCCUCCACAACUUCUCGUUUAGAGGAAGAGCUCAAGAACAAAGCAUCAGACAACAACAACAAUGUUGGUGGGGAACCAGACCAGCCCCCUUACAGUGAUGGUGCCAACUCUGAUGUUGCAGAAGAAACUGAGCCAGAGGAAGAUGAUGACUCCAGGUUGGAAUCUGACAGAGAACUGGAUAUUGGUCCCCAAAUCACUCUCAAGGAGCAGCUUGAGAAAGAUAAAGAUGAUGAGAGUUUGAGAAAAUGGAAGGAACAACUUCUGGGAAGUGUGGAUUUGUCUGUCGUUAAAGAAAUCAAAGACCCUGAUGUGAAGAUAUUGAGCCUCACCAUUACAAGCCCGGACAGGCCAGACCUCAUCCUGCCAAUUCCAUUUACAAAUGAUCCUAAGAAAAGUCUCUUCAUCCUUAAGGAAGGAAGCAAAUGCGCCAUGAAAUUCACCUUCACUGUCUCCAACAACAUCGUUUCUGGUCUCAAAUACACAAAUAUUAUCUGGAAAACUGGCGUUAGAGUGGCCAGCAGAAAAAAGAUGUUGGGAACUUUUAGCCCCCAGAAGGAACCAUAUACAUAUGCAUUGGAAGAAGAAAGUACUCCUUGUGGCAUGUUCGUUAGGGGAACCUAUGCGGCAAGAACCAAGUUUGUAGAUGACGAUCAAAAAUGCUACUUGGAUGUCAAUUACUACUUCGAAAUUCAGAAGAGUUGGGCAAAACCACAAUGA